AUGCACUCUCGUCUAGCCUCCCCUCUCGUGCUCCCUUGUUUCCUACCCAUCUUUCUCUCGUGCUCCCUCGCAUGCCGUGUUAUCCCCGGCCAAAGCCUCGAUUAUGGCAAUUCCCUCUCUCGUGCCAGGCCACUCAUUCCCUCUCCAUCCCUCUCGCACACCCCCUCUCAUACACACUCAUCCCCUCUCCAUCCCUCUCGCACACCCCCUCUCAUACACACUCAUCCCCUCUCCAUCCCUCUCGCACACCCCCUCUCAUACACACUCAUCCCCUCUCCAUCCCUCUCGCACACCCCCUCUCAUACACACUCAUCCCCUCUCCAUCCCUCUCGCACACCCCCUCUCAUACACACUCAUCCCCUCUCCAUCCCUCUCGCACACCCCCUCUCAUACACACUCAUCCCCUCUCCAUCCCUCUCGCACACCUCCUCUCAUACACACUCAUCCCCUCUCCAUCCCUCUCGCACACCCCCUCUCAUACACACUCAUCCCCUCUCCAUCCCUUUCGCACACCCCCUCUCAUACACACUCAUCCCCUCUCCAUCCCUCUCGCACACCCCCUCUCAUACACACUCAUCCCCUCUCCAUCCCUCUCGCACACCCCCUCUCAUACACACUCAUCCCCUCUCCAUCCCUCUCGCACACCCCCUCUCAUACACACUCAUCCCCUCUCCAUCCCUCUUGCACACCCCCUCUCAUACACACUCAUCCCCUCUCCAUCCCUCUCGCACACCCCCUCUCAUACACACUCAUCCCCUCUCCAUCCCUCUCGCACACCCCCUCUCAUACACACUCAUCCCCUCUCCAUCCCUCUCGCACACCCCCUCUCAUACACACUCAUCCCCUCUCCAUCCCUCUCGCACACCCCCUCUCAUACACACUCAUCCCCUUUCCAUCCCUCUCGCACAUCCCCUCUCAUACACACUCAUCCCCUCUCCAUCCCUCUCGCACACCCCCUCUCAUACACACUCAUCCCCUCUCCAUCCCUCUCGCACACCCCGUCUCAUACACACUCAUUCCCUCUUUUUCCCUCUCAUCCCUUCUCAUCCCCUCUCAUCCCCUCUCAUCCCCUCACAUACACUCUUAUACACUCUCAUACACUCGCAUUCACUCUCAUACGCUCUCAUCCCCUCUCAUCCCCUCUCAUCCCAUGUCACUCCCUCUAAUCCACUCUCAUACCCUCUCGUACCCACUCAUAUACACUCAUAUACACUCUCAUCCCCUCUUAUAGACUCCCAUACACACUCAUACACUCUCAUGCACUCUCAUUCACACUCAUCCCCUCGAAUCCCCUCACAUCCCCUCUCAUCCCCUCAUCCCCUCUCAUCCCCUCUCAUCCCCUCUCAUAUACUCUCACACACUCUCAUACACUCUCUUACACACUCUCAUCCCUCUUCAUCCACUCUCAUACACUCUCAUCUCCUCAUACACACUCAUACCUCCUAA